GAGGCUGGUACCUAACGUCUGGAAGCUAGUAGCGGGCGCCAUGCAGUACACUGGGAGCGAGUAUAUUGGGGAAUAUGUAGACGGGAGGAUGGAGGGCAGUGCUGAAUACAUCUUCCCUACUGAAACAAGAUAUGUUGGAGAGAUGAAGGAUGGCAUGUUUCACGGCGAAGGAACCCUGUACUUCCCCUGCGGAAGCCGAUUUGACGCCAUCUGGGAGAAAGGAUUAGUGAUUCAGGGCAACUAUACCUUUGCCGACGGGCUCCAGUACCAAGAUAAGCACUGGCAUUACUGUGACAGCUAUGACCGGAGGUUUUUUACCGAAAUCUGCCACGGCCUGAGAAUUUCAGAUUUUGCUCAACUGACCAAUAUGGACCCACCUAGAAAAGUUCCCCCAGGCUGUUAUGACUGUGGAGAUGGCUUUUACAACCCCAUGACAAGGAUCAUCAAGGACUACAAGGGCCGCUUUCUGAGGAAUGCAGAUGAUGACGAGCAUGAGUGGAUUGUCAGGACCUGCCGUAAAGGCUGGGAGGAGCCUGUGGUUCAAAAGCCCAAGCCAUGAACUCCUCAGCGUGCCAAUGCCACCUCCACCCGAGGUUUCCCUCUGCCCUACUGGCACUGGACAGCCAGGGAACAAACUUCAGUUUGGCUCCAGAAUAAAUGCUACUUGCUCU